AUGGCGGCCCCGGAGCCGACGCCGAGGCCGGGCCGGGAGCGGGAACGGGAGCGGGAGCGGGAGCGGGAAGACGAGAGUGAGGACGAGAGCGACAUCCUGGAGGAGAGCCCCUGCGGACGCUGGCAGAAGCGACGAGAGCAGGUGAACCAAGGGAACAUGCCCGGGGUCCAGAGCACGUUCCUGGCCAUGGACACGGAGGAGGGGGUGGAGGUGGUGUGGAACGAGCUGCACUUCAGCGACAGGAAGGUCUUCGCGGCCCAUGAGGAGAAGAUCCAGAGCAUGUUUGAGCAGUUGGUGCUCGUGGACCAUCCCAACAUCGUGAAGUUGCACAAGUACUGGCUGGAUGCGUCCGAGGCCCGCGCGCGGGUCAUCUUCAUCACAGAAUAUGUGUCGUCCGGCAGCCUCAAGCAGUUCCUCAAAAAGACCAAGAAAAACCACAAGGCCAUGAAUGCCAGGGCCUGGAAGCGAUGGUGCACGCAGAUCCUGUCAGCACUCAGCUUUCUGCAUGCCUGCAGCCCCCCCAUCAUCCACGGGAACCUGACUAGUGACACCGUCUUCAUCCAGCACAAUGGCCUCAUCAAGAUUGGCUCCGUGUGGCAUCGCAUCUUCUCCAAUGCGCUCCCGGAUGAUCUCCGAAGUCCCAUCCUAGCUGAGCGAGAGGAGGUGCGGAACCUGCACUUCUUCCCUCCGGAGUACGGCGAGGUUGCUGAUGGCACCGCUGUGGACAUCUUCUCCUUCGGGAUGUGUGCACUGGAGAUGGCGGUGUUGGAGAUUCAGGCCAACGGGGACACUCGAGUCACGGAGGAAGCCAUCGCCCGUGCCAGGCACUCGCUGAGCGAUCCCAAUAUGAGGGAAUUCAUCCUUUCCUGCCUGGCCCGGGACCCCACCCGGAGGCCCUCGGCCCACAACCUGCUCUUCCACCGUGUACUCUUUGAGGUGCAUUCGCUAAAGCUGCUGGCAGCGCACUGCUUCAUCCAGCACCAGUACCUCAUGCCUGAGAACACGGUGGAGGAAAAGAGCAAGUCAUUAGACCUGCAUGCGGUCAUGGCCGAGGUCCCCCGGCUCCGCCAGCCCCCUGUGCAGUGGCGGUACUCGGAGGUCUCCUUUUUAGAACUUGACAAAUUCCUAGAGGAUGUCAGAAAUGGAAUCUACCCACUGAUGAAUUUCGCCACCUCUCGGCCCCUGGGGCUACCUCGUGUGUUGGCACCACCCCCUGAGGAGGCACAGAAGGCUAAAACCCCCACACCCGAGCCCUUCGACUCCGAGACCAGGAAGGUGAUACAGAUGCAGUGUAAUAUGGAGAGGAGCGAGGACAAGGCACGCUGGCAUCUUACUCUGUUGCUUGUCCUGGAGGACCGGCUACACCGACAGCUCACCUAUGACCUGCUCCCAACCGACAACGCCAAGGACCUGGCAGCCGAACUUGUGCACUACGGCUUCGUCCACGAGGACGACCGCCCGAAGCUCGCUGCCUUCCUAGAGAACACCUUCCACAAGUACCGUGGGGCCCAGCCCUGA